UAGUAGGAGAGCAAGAUGUAGAAAGGCUAAUGAAGUUUUCGAAAAAGGAAUCGGUUCUACGUUGGCUGUGGUUAGAAUGGCGGGGAAACAUGAAACAAAUGAGGUUGCCAUAUUUGCAAAUGGUGGAUGUCGAAAAUAAGGGAGCUAAGCGAAAUGGCUAUAAAGACAUGGGUGAAACUUGGCGCGAUGAACUGGAAAUGCCAAAUUUAAGAAAGCAGUGCUACCAGCUCUACGAAGCCAUUUUGCCGUUAUACAAAUUGUUACACGGCGUCGUCAGAUAUUGGUUACGGGAGUAUUACGGUGAAAUUGUUCCCAAAUAUGGUCCAAUCCCAGCGCAUUUACUAGGUGAUUUAUGGUCCCAGGACUGGGCAGCAUUGGCCGAACUAAUCUUACCAACGACAAUAAACUUGGAUGAGCGUAUAAAAAAAUUAAACUGGACCGCGGAACAUUUGGUGAGAAGAGCUGAGGAUUUUUACCUAUCCCUGGGACUGCCGUCAAUGACAGACUCAUUCUGGCGGGAAUCGAUAUUCUCUCGCUUGAACAACUCUAUUCGUUGUCACGGGACUGCGGCAGACAUGUUUAAAAAUGGCGACUAUAGAUUAUUGUAUUGUUUCAACACGACAAUUAACUUUGAAGAUUUGUACGUAAUUCAUCAUGAAAUGGGACACAUACAAUAUUUUAUGGCAUAUAAAAAUCAACCCGGAUUAUUUCAGCAAGCAAACACAGCUUUACAUGAAACAAUAGGUGAUACAGUAAUGCUUGGAGUGAACACACCACAACAUUUGCAUAGACUUGGACUUAUCAAUGAUAAUGAACUAUUCGAUAAUAACUCAGAAUUAUUUUAUAAAAACAUCGAUAAACAGCUACUAACCAGAUAUAAAGAACAGAAUAUAUUUAAUGUUAAAAAUAGCCAAAAUCCGCUGAAUACUGGCAAUAAUCUGAAUGAAGAAAGUAUUCAAAAAUAUGAAUCGACUAAGAUAAUUCCAACAGUUAGUUCAUUCGAUAAUGGAAAUGAGUAUUCUGAAAUGAAAACUAUGGGUUGGAAAAUUGUAAGAAAUUCCAAUGAUAAAGAAUCUGCAAAUUCAAAUAAGAGGUUUAACAGAAAUGAUAUUGACGUUAAAAUAUCAACAGACGAUAUUCUAAUGCUCAAGCAUGCUUUAGGCAAGAUACCGCAGAUACCAUUUGCACUUGUUUUAGAAGAGUACAGAUGGAGAUUAUUUGCGGGUGGAUUGGGUUCAAUAAAUAAUGAUUUUUGGAAGUUGAGUCGAGAGUUGCAAGGAAUAGACCCUGCUGCAAUGAGAGGAGAGGAAAAUUUUGAUGCUGGAGCUAAUUACCACGUAGCUGAUAAUGUUCCAUGUGCGAGAUACUUCUUAAGUAAUUUCCUGCAGUACCAAAUAUUCGAAAAGCUUUGCAAAUCAGUGGUGAACGGACGAAGAAAUGCAGAGUCACUACCAAACUCUAUACCACUAUAUAGAUGCGAUAUAUAUGGCUCAAAAAUCGCAGGGAAAAUACUAAAAGAUAUUAUGUCGCGUGGGUCAUCACAGCAUUGGCAAGAUAUACUCCAGGAGGCAACUAAUAUAGACGCGGUAUCAGCCAACAGUAUUAUAAACUACUACACACCUGUUUAUAAGCUACUAAAUCGUAUAGUAAAUAAAUAUAACAUACACAUAGGCUGGUAGCUCAUACUCAUAUAAGGCUGCAUGUCCACUGACGCGGAGAACAGAGAAGUAGAACGGAGCUGUGCAAAUUUUGACAUAGUAAAUACAAAAAUGUAUACUCCGCAAAAUCUAAUCAAUGGUAACUUCGGAAAAAUAAAUUCUGUGGUUUUAUGAAAUUAGUGAAAGAUUUUUUUACAAAAUAUGUCGAUAAUAAUAAUAAUGCUGUUAAUUUGUCUCAAUGAUA